AUGGUCAGCACUGAAGAAAAAAAUAUGACUCAAAUUUCAGAAUUUAUGCUUUUGGGUUUUGGGGAUCUCCAUGGCCUUCAGUUUCUUCUUUUUGGGGUAUUUCUGGCCAUCUAUGUGAUGACUCUCAUGAGCAACAUUGUAAUCCUAACUGUGGUGUCAGCUGAUCACUCUCUUCACACUCCCAUGUAUUUCUUUCUUGGCCACUUCUCCUUCCUAGAGAUUGGCUAUACCACCACCAUUGAGCCCAUGAUGCUGAGGACGUUGCUAUCAGCUCAUGUGCCUAUUUCUUUCCCAGGCUGUGCCUGCCAGUUUUAUUUUUUUGCUGCCCUGGUAGCUACAGAAUGCUUCUUCCUGGCUGUAAUGUCUUAUGAUCGCUGCAUAGCCAUCUGUAACCCAUUACGUUACUCCAGCAUCAUGGACCACUGUGGUUGCUUACAGCUAGCUGGUGCCUCUUGGGUGGCUGGAUUUCUGGCACCCAUUCUUCUCAUGGUCCUCAUUUUUCAGUUAACAUUCUGUGCUGCAAAUGAGGUUGACCACUUCUUUUGUGAUUUGAAGCCCAUCAUGAAACUGGCCUGCACUGAUACUCAAAUAGCUGAGAUGACCUCUUUCAUAUGUACCUCUUUAUUUGCCCUCAGCCCCUUCCUGCUAAAUCUGGCUUCUUAUACUCGCAUCAUCUCCACCAUUCUGAGGAUUCCUUCUAUCACAGGGAAGCAGAAGGCCUUCUCCACCUGUUCCUCCCAUCUGACAGUGGUCUGUCUAUAUUAUGGGACACUGGGCAUUGUCUAUGGCUUCCCUUCAGGGCCUCAGCAUGAAGACUUACUGAAAUUGCUUUCCCUUUUGUAUACAGUGCUUACCCCUGCCCUCAACCCUAUUAUUUACACCCUAAGGAACAAGGAUGUAAAGGUAGCUCUGAGAAAAUUGGUGCAAUGA